AUGCCGCCCGAAGGCAUUGACGCCGUGACGUCUCGCGCAGCAAGGCACGAUCUAGCGAGGCGACUUAGUCACCUGGCCCGGCGGCUUACUUAUGACGGAUCCGAUGAUGUCGAUGAGAUGAUGGUUGGAAGCCAACUCGAGCAGCUUGAAAAGGUCGUUGGCGGCGCUAGGAGCGCUGAGUCUAAAAAGCUUCCAUACCGAACAAGCUUUGAUAGCCCGGGAAGAAGUGACGCCGGCUCUGUGCUAGGGUCACCCGUUUCUUCCCUUUUCAGGUCGCGCUUUUCUGACUUGUCCGCAUCGCUGCAUAGAGAGCGCGAGGCCGAAAAGGAACCCGAGGAUGAGGCUCCGUCAAAGAAGGGCAUGACGGGGACACAGGCGAAGAAGGUGAUUGCAGAGAUGAGCAAGCUCAAUGAGGAACUAUCAACGGUGGUGAACAAUCUCAAGGCUCGGCAAGAGGAGUCCGAGCAUAUUCAAGGACUUCUCAUUGAACGGGCAGAACGAGCGGCCCAGCGCAUCAUUUUUUUGCAGAACCGCAUUUCCUACCUAGAGGAGGAGCUCCAAGAAAAUGACGGUGAGCUGCAGCAUCUGAGGAUAUGCCUGAAAGCAGUCGAGAUACAGAUGCCACCGCACCCUGAUAAGGAACUCCAGCGAUGCAUUGCCACGUUUAAAGACGAUUACCAAGCCCUGAAACGAAAACGAGCGCAUCGGGCCAGCAUGGCCAGCGUUCGGGGCUUCGACCCCCUUCAAAUGGGGACACCGUUACGAUAA